GAAACGUCUCUUAUGUCAACAACGUAUGUUAAAUUAAAAAAAAAAAAAAAACAACAAUUUGUAAACAAAAAUGUGGAUUUUUUUUUAAUUAGAAAAAAACUGAAAUAAGAAAAUAAUAGUAGAACGACCAGAGAAUCCGUUGCAGUAAGUGUCGAGCAUAAAAGACAUCGUUUAUUUCGGAAUGUUCUCCGACUUGGAUCAAAUUGCAACAUCAGCAAUUUGUCGGUUUUGUCUCGAAAAGAGCAGCAAUCUUUACGAUGCUAAAAAUCUGGAAACUUUUUUAUAUUUUGUACUUCCUGAUCUGGUAAAUUACAGUUUCUAUUUACGUAAACAUGUAGUAGAAUAAUAAUUUUUCAGGAAGAUCUCUCGCUUUCAGAGAACCCUCUGAUGUGCCUUCAAUGUGUUCAUCAGCUAAUAGGCAACUAUAUAUUUAAAACUCGCUGCAUUCACAACCAAGAUAAAAUUCUAAAACUGAAAAAUAUGCUUCAGCGUCCCAUAUAUCUAGAGGAAGUCAUCCAGGGUACCGACUUUCAUAAAGAGAAUCUACAGACCUCUGAGGUGGUUUAUAACAGUUUAAAAAUACUUUUGGGAAAAGAGUUUGGAAAUGGUAAAAAUUCUAACCAGAAUGACAUUAAAAAUGAUAAAAUGAUUCAGAGUACUGCUUCAUCAAAUGGCUUAUCUGAGAAUGGUGAUAACCAAGUAGCAGAGUCGAAAUUAAUAGACUUAGGUGAAGUUAAGAUCAAUUACAGUGAGGUAUAUGCAGAAGAACUUUCACCGUCAUCAAAUGAAAGGCAAGAAAUUUUCAAUUCACUAAAAUCAUUUAAGAAAGAAGUAGGUUACUCUGAAGAACCCAUAAAGAAAGCAAAAAAGUCUCCAAAAUCCUACAAAUGUGAAUUCUGCCACAAACAAUUCACGCAAAAGAUCCACUCUGACGGUCAUUUACUAAACAAGCACAAAGACAUUCCAAAUAUAGAAGCGUACAUAUCGAACCGAAUCCACUAUUGUGAAUAUUGCGAGUAUCGAACUAUCAACAGCUACAACUUGUCCUGCCACAAAAUGACCAGACACGGCAAAAGACAAAGCGCGGUAAAAUUCGUCAAGUGCGAUAUUUGUGACUAUAAAACGCACAACAGGGGAAAUUUCUCGAUACAUAUGCGUAGACACGAUACGGCUCGACCGUUCGUUUGUAAAUUGUGUAAAAGGACAUUCGCACAAAAGGUCAACUUGGACUGUCAUUAUUUGGCUUCGCAUUGCGACGAGCAGGACGUUGAUCUGUUGAUUUCCAGUAAGAUUUACCAGUGCCCUAGUUGCGACUUUAAGGCUUUGGAUAAGUCGAAGUAUGCUAAGCAUGUCGCUGGACAACAUGGGGGGGAGUUAGUUAACAGUUGACCGGUUUGUUUUUGUUUAUUGAAGGUGUGCCUUGAAGUUAUUAAUUAUUAGUUUUAAAUUAGUAAUUGAACCCAAGGUAAUUUGUACAAAAAAUCAACUUGGAUUGUCGUUAUUUGUGAGUCUGUCCUGGGCAAUAUAGUAAGAAAUUUGUUGAGGUGA